AUGCGGUUUCUGGAGGGCCUUUGCAGGACAAUUGAGAAUAGUUCAAGAGGGGCGCAUCGUUACUACUUGAAAGACAACGCAAGGAUCCAAGUUCUCUCUUUUCUUCUCUAUAAUGGACCACUUCUCAAUAUUUUGGUUGAAGUCAACCCGACUGUUGAAGACAUUUGUAAUCGUCUAAGAGCGUAUGAGAAAAUGAAGACCUACGUUCCAAGCCGAAGAUCCAGAGGUGGAAGGUAUAAAGUUCGCUAUGACAGACGCCUCAAAGGACACAGACAUUCCGAGAGGAUUGUACAAGCUGUCUUGUCAUUACAUCAUACUACUUGGACUGCCACGUCAUUCUCUCCUCAAAUAUACAAACGCGAUUUUAAUGAGGACACAAAUGCUGCCUACGAAUUGCUCCGCAAAGCUUAUUAA